AAAAGAAUUACAUAUUUAUAUAAAAUUUAAAAAUUGUACUGACAGCAUAGUGCUGUUGCCGGUUGUUCAUUGAUUAAAAGAUGAUUGUUAUUUAAGACUUACAAAAAACAAUUUAAUAAACACAAGAUACAAGUAUUACUAGUCAAAUGCGUUUUCCAUAAAACAAUGAUUUUUUUUAAAAAUGUGUCAUGGUUUACCCAGACAUCAAUUUUGAAGUGGACCUGUGGAAAACGGUCGUGCAGUAUUAGUUCGUCGUUGAAAACUGAUUUGCUCAAUAAUGACGAAGGUGGAAAAAGUACAUUGUACAAAUGUCGCAAAUAUCCAGAAACUAUGUUUGUUCAUUGUCCUGAUGUAGCAGAUGCAGCGAGAAUAAUAUGUUCAAAUUUAACCAAAAGCAGUAAUGGCGAACAACUUAGAUUAAUAGAAGCCAAUCCUGGACCGUGUUUGAUUUCACAUGAAAUUUUGAAAAAUACAAAUCAUGAUAUGUGUAUUUAUGAAAAUGACUCUGAAAUAUUCAAAGCAUUUUUAUUAGAAUUAAUAUCAAAAUACGAUGAUAGAAUUAGUUUGAACCGUGGAAAUUUGCUUUUGCUUUGGAAAAUUGAAUUCCUAGAUAGAGUUGAUCGUGGUAACAGGGUUUCAAAAUUUUUAUCAGACAUCAGACUACCUUCACAGCCGUGGCAAUCAGAAAAUAUAGGGACAAGAAUAAUAGCUGGAUUGCCGAAUAGGAAAUUUCUCAAUUAUUUGAUUUACAGUUUUGUGUUCCAAACGAGUUUGAUGACUUACGGAAGACCCGAGUUUUAUUUUUUUCUUCCGCCAUCAUUAUUUAUUAGAUAUUCUAGUGACCCAGUAACCGGUGAAAAGUAUUACAAAACACAGACUAUACUGUUUCAGUCUUUUUUCGAAAUUGAGUUAUUGAAAACUUAUCCAAGAUCAGCUUUCUUACCUCCAAAGCCAACUAAAUCGUCAAGUAAAAAGUCUCGCUUUAAAGAGCUAAAAGAAGUUGACGAGAAGUCUAUUAUAUUAGCUCGAGUGGUCGGGCGCAGCGAUAUAUUGGGAAAAACCGGUCUUACGGAAGAAUUACUAAAACCCUAUUGGUAUUUUGUCAAGCAUCAUACACUGAGUCGCAAAAACUUUGUUAUACCAUUGAUGGAACAAUGGAUACCUGGCUGCGGUCCACAUUUCAUUGCUCAAGGACUUACAAUAUUUACACAGUUUGGAGAUUUAACACCUAAUCAGAUUUUGAAAAUAUUUUUGACGUUUGUCAAGUUGCCAGAAUAUAAAGAUUCACCAUUCUUAAAUUCUAUGGAAAUGAGAAUUGCAAAACUUGAUCCGUCUUCUUUAUCAAUGUCUGAAAACACUAUUAGCGAUCAUUCAGAAAAUAAAAUAUCUUCUACAGAAGUGGAGGAUCUGAUUGACAAAGACUAAUGAAGAUUAAUGUAAAAAUUAAAUGUUAAAAGUUCACUAUUUUUCAAUUAAAAUUAUUAUUACACUGUCCAAAAUUUUUUUAAAAAUUAUUUAUAAUAUAAUAGUAAUUGGCAUUAUUACUGAAGUUUAGUGAUGUCAAAAACCACUACUAAAAACUUAAUUUCUCAAAUUGUUGUUGUAUACAAUAGAAACAAUAGCAAUUAUAACUCUAAUUACUAUACUCUGUUCAGAAUAAGAACGCAUUAGACAACAACCAAAGCAGAUUGAUAACUAGUGUCAGUCAGUAGUAGAUGGGUAAGAAGUGAUGAUGUUUCUUUUUGGAGUGAAGUUUUUGAAAGUUCAAAAUGUUUAAUAACAGACAAUGUUGGAAUGUGAGCAUAAAUUGAGUUGAAUGGUGUUUUGAAACUUUCCUAUUCUAUUUA